UCAUACUCGCGGCGCGGUGCGUAGUAAAGUAUGGAAAGUAAACAAACAACAUUUGUGGAGCCGACCCGCAAACCAGAGUUAGCCGGACUCUAGUCAGAGCAUAUCGCUGCCGUUUAGUUCAUGUAUUCGGUUCCGAUUUUUGCUUUCCCGCAUGAAAGCAUCGGUGAGCAAUCGAACUGAAUUAUUUUUGUAGUAAAUUCUGCUGCUCAUUUAGCUGCCAACGCGUUUGGGUGCUGAAUCUGAAAUAAAAAUUGCUCGAGUCUGAAGUGCCAAAGUGUGGUUGGUGACUGAAAUUGUGAAUAGCACUGACCCUGUCAUUGGAACUGCUGUAAUCUCGUGACAUUCUGCGGAAAGAUUAAUGACGUAAGCUGCCAUCAGGAGAAGGUCGGGAAAAUGGAUCUAAACUUCAAGUGUCCACUGUGCGACACGUAUUUCGAUACGAAAGAUGAGCUUAGCGAGCACAUAAAAGCCGUCCAUACAUCCUACUAUUAUGAUACGUAUCUGAUACCUCCGAUGUUGAUUAUGCCCGAUCCUACCCCGUUGUAUAUAGCGAGUGAAUCUGCCCCAAUCGUGACCCAGCCACCGGUUGCUGUGGAAGAUGUAACGAUCGAACCGGUGGUCCCGACCGAUGACGGAUGCUGUGAAUGUGACAACGCUUGUGAUUCCUGCUGCUGCGGAUGCUGCGAUGGCGGUGGCGGGGAUACGAUUGGCGAUUCCGGUGGCGAUUGUGGGGACUGCGGCGAUUGCGGCUGUGAUUGUGUGCUCAUGUGAGAAGUUGAAUCUGUUUUGCACCCGUCUAUGAUCCUCCUCAGCCGAUAGCUCGAUCACGUUUGGGUGGGUGUGGUGCCAUUAAGAGUAACGUUUUUUAAAUGUUAUUGUCGAACUUGUUCAUCUUCCACUGAAUCGGCUUCAAUAAGUGUCUUCUUUGGUACGUUUAAAGUGUUUUACACUGUAAGUGUAGUGUUGGUAACUCAUACUCAAAAUACAAGCUUCAUUAUGCAGUUUUUAAUAGUAUUACGGUUUUUGACAUAUUAUAUUUUAAUGUUACGAUGAAAGUAUAUGACAAAUGUUUAC